AUGUUCGCCUACAUCAAACAUGGAGAUAAUCAGCAGUUUCUGAUCAAUAUGAAUUGCUGUGUCUUCCAGUUGCUGUAUUACAUCCGCAAUAAAGUGGGGUUGCCUAAAACAGACACCAUCGAUUUGUGUGAUGAAUCGGGGACAAUGAAGUUGUUUUUCCUGAUGAAGCCCCCUGGAGAAUAUGCCAUCAAAUUCCUUACAGCUCGAAACACCUACUACAUUUGUAGGGUGAAGCGUGGAUCACCAGGAACCCGACUUCAGAAUGCUUACCUAGCUUUCGUGCCACUCCUGAAGACUCCAACACCCGAGCUGAUUGAUGCCUUGCGCUCACAAUGUGACAUGCUGGAAAAGAGUCGACUGAAAACGCUCAAAAUGCAAGAAGCUGCCCAGAAGGUCGCUUCAGCUGAAUCCUCCAUGAAACUUCCAACCAUCAGCCAAGCUCCCCAGUACCCCUUCCCUGUUCUACCCCUCCCCCUGCCUGCCACCACACACACUUCCACACAACCCCUGGAGUCUGGCAAGAGGAAGAAGGGCAGGGACAGCUGUCAGGGGCCUUGA